AGCUCCGGUGUCCACGGCUGCUGAGUCGGGCGCUUCUUAUAAAUCGCGUGAAGCUGCAUCUGCGCGACUGCGAUGUUGUUUUCAUCGUUCGCAGCCGGCGUUCGAAGCUGCGCCCGUUCGUGCAUUUGGCUUUAGCGUUUGCAGCGGUAUUCUCGAUAUUGCGAUUAUUCUCUUAUUUUUCACGUAACGACCACAACACAAUACAGCCGACAAUAGGCAAAGUGACCAUGGUAUACGGCAGCAACGAAAUCUACGACCGAGCAUUAGAUACCCAUAAAGAACACAGUAAUCGACACGGGUAUCCUCUUCAUAUCCUCCGCAGACCAAUUCUCGACGGCGUUUGGAAUAAAUACGCGAUUCUCUUAUCGGUUCUGUUGGAGGAGCUGGCGAAGCCAGUGGGGGAGAGAUUGGAGUGGCUUUUUUGGUCCGAUGCCGACACAGUUCUAAUGAAUCCCAACAUGCCCCUCGAGACCUUCCUCCCACCCCCAGAAGCCACUCAUAUCCAUCUGCUCCUCACCAAAGACUGGAACGGGAUGAACAACGGCGUCUUCCCGAUCCGCGUACAUCCAUGGUCCGUCGAGCUCCUCUCCGCCGCAAUGUCCUAUCCCACCAUGCACCCGGACGAGGAACUAUUCUGGCCGGACCAGACGGCUCUCAGCAACGUGAUCAAGACAAAUGAGUAUUUCUCGAAAGCGGUUGUGUAUUGCCCGCUGCGUUGGUUUAAUGCAUAUAUGAGGAUGCCAGAUGGCAUCGGACUGAAUCCGGAUUCUCCGCCGCAUUUGCAGGUGCAUCCGGGGGAUUUGCUGGUUCAUUUCCCUGGGACGCCAAAGGAGAACUUGAAAUCGACAUUGGGGCCGUAUCUUGAUAUUGCCGAGUCCCAUCGGGCGGAUUGGGAGAUGGAUUUAGAGACAACUGGGUAUCUGGAGGAGACGAGGAAGUUUUGGGAUCUGCAUUUGGUGUCGAGUUCAUAAUACCCGCGUUUUUGGUUAGGUGUUCUAUCAUUGUAAAUACUAUAGACAAGCUGAGAUAUCCUAUUCAGAAUCAUAAGCGUACAUAAGCCAAAGGAUAUAGUGGAUAGUAGGUAUAUAGCAAGAAUCAAGUGUAUAUCGUCACCGAGGAACGCCAAUCUCAUAUCCGAGCAACACUUCGGUCGUGUUGCCUUCCCAACCUCUA